GGUGCUCAUCAUCACAAAAAGUUCAUCACUGUAAAAAGUAUCACGCAGUUGUAAUCCCGCUCAUUUCUUCCACACUUAGCAUCAGCAGGACCAGCUCUCCCAGACACCAUGGCUGCUGUGCCUCUGUUCCUGCUCACGACUCUCCUGCCCCUGCUGGUGCUCACCGCCCAACAGGACUCUAACAUUGUGAAUGGCCGGGAGGCUAAGCCACACUCCAGACCUUACAUGGUCUCUGUGCAACAAAAUAAAAGGCACAUCUGUGGUGGUUUCCUGGUGUCCGACUCCUUCGUAAUGACUGCAGCACAUUGCCUGACAUGGGGACAGACCUUGACAGUUCUGCUCGGUGCCCAUGACAUUUCUGAGAGUCAAAAGUCAAACAGGGGUGAAGUGAAGUUUUACCACAUCCACCCUGGGUUUGAAGCUGAUGCACUGGAGAAUGACAUCAUGCUGUUGCAGCUCAAGACUGCAGUUAAGAAGACCAAAGAAGUGCAGUGGAUCCCCCUCCCUAAGAAAGAUGAAGAUGUCAAGCCUGAAACAGUCUGCAGCGUGGCAGGAUGGGGGGCCAACAAAACCAAUGGGGACGUAAGCCCACGCCUUCUGGAAGUCGAUGUCAUUGUCACAGACCGAAAGAUGUGCAGAACAAAAUGGGGGAAGAAAUCAAUCACACCCAGGAUGAUGUGUGCAGGGGGAAGCGUUGGCAACAGAGGCUUCUGUCAGGGGGAUUCUGGAGGUCCUCUGGUGUGUAAGGGCACAGCGGAGGGAAUUGUGUCCUUCAAUGAAUACAGAAACUGCAAUGAACCUACAAAACCGAAUGUUUACACUCAAAUAUCCAAAUACCUGUCCUGGGUCAAAUGUAUCAUAAGCAGUGUAAAGUGAACCACAGAUAAAAUGCGAAGCCAUUGUUUAAAUACUGCAACUAAAGUGCAUCAUGAACAAUAUA